UUAGUAACUGAUCCUUCCAGAAUGUGAAUGUGGAUAUCAGCUUCUUCAUCGUCUACAUCUGCAGUCUUCAUUGAAUCAGCUUCUCUUGUUUCAGAAACACAAACUGCUCUGGUUCAGAGAAUGUUCUGUUCAGACAGAAUGUGAUUCCAACCCAAAGUGUGGUUUUCUCAGAGGAGCAGAGAUCUUUCUGCUUCUGUUUGACUGCAUGAAACCAGCAGAGACCAGAACUGAGACAGAAACUCUGAGAGUGGAAGUGAGCGCUCUGAAUGCUGAAUGUGUCUGUGUUUGGACUCCCAGCAGAACUGUGCUGCUCUCUCAUGUUCCUGUGGUUUCAGGAGGAUCAGAAGAAAACACACUGAUGUACUUCAGGAUAAUUGCACACGUGCACAACUCUACAUUUCCUCUUUCAUGCUGUCACUUCCUGCAUGAAUCUUUAUCUAAUAACUGCAGGAAUAUUUGUCAUUUUCUUCCAUCAUUUCACACAGCAGUUCACCAAGUUCCUCCACUGCAGACAGAGACAGUCAUGUUGAUGUGAACAUUAGAGAAACUCAUCAUGGAGCUGAAAUAUCAUCCUGAUUCACUCAGAUGACACUUGAACAGCACACAGGUUUUUGUAGCACACUUUCUCAAUGUGUGGGUGGGAGGUAUAACUACCGCAUCUUUGGAUCUGGAACUGGACUGUUUGUAUCGGAUGAGUCCGUAGUGAAGCCCGUGGUGAGCGUGUACCCAGCAGCAUCCAGAGUCCCUGUGGAGAGGGGCAGCUCCCUGCUGUGUCUGGCCUCAGCCAUGUUUCCUCCUGUGGUCCAGUUCUCCUGGAAAAGACAGAAGAACAACGGACAACCAGAGAACCUUCCUUCUACUGGGACAGAGCAGCUGGAUCUCAGAGAGUCUGGACGCAGCGCCUCCAUCCUGCUGAUCCAUCAGCAAGAGGACAGCUCCUAUAAAUACAUCUGCUCCGUCAAACAUGAGGGGGGAACAGUGGAGGUCCAAACACAACAAGAGUUUGCUGCACUUCCAGCUGCAGGUUCCACAGCAGCUCUAACAUCCCAUCCAGCAUCUUCCAGCAUUCUAGCAGAGGGAACAGCCUCUGUUCCUCCUCUGGACCUGGUGAAGCUGUCCUUCCAGUCUGAGUGCAGGGUGAAGCUGCUCUGCCUGCUGUACACAGUGCUGAUAGUGAAGAGUCUGGUGUACUGCUGUGGACUCUCUCUGCUGAUGAUCCUCAGAAACAAGGGAGCAUCCACCAACUCCAAACAUGCUGACUGACUGUUUUCUGAUCCUCUUUUCUCUCCAUCAAAUCUCAUCCUUUCAUCUCAUUCAUCACUUUGAUCACAGCUCUCUAAUGUUCUUAAUGACUUGAUACAGAUUCUUCAUCAAACUGUGUCAGUAGAUGUUUUAUGAAGAUGUUACAUUGAUUUCUCCUUUUUCAUUUAAAUAUUUUUAUACACAGUGAUCCAUCUUCUUUAAAUGUAACUGCAUUUCUUAAAAUAAACAUAAAUACCAGCCUU